AUGGUGUGGCUCCCGCUUGAAAUCCUGCUGAUGAUCACCUCUUACAUUCCUGAUCCGGUGACACUGCUUUCGCUGCGUCGCGUGAACCGCGAGUGGUCGGUACCUGCAGCCUGGGAGCUGGAUCGGCGCUUGCUCCUUCUUGACUUGUCCCAAUCCAGUCAGAAUACCAUGGAGAGUAAACGGAAAGUCGCGCGGGCACGUGCUAUGGUUCGCGGUGUGAUUGUGAAGUAUCCUGAUGGAGAAUACUGGCGUCUGAUUAAAUAUUCCCAGGACGAGCAAUAUGAGCAAAUUGGCGAACCGCCGUUGAAUUGGAUUGCACCAACACGACUGACCUUACGAAACCUGACCAUCACUUGCUGGGGAUGUUACAUUAAGAAUAUUGCGGGUGCGUUCUGUCAUACUGGAUUCUUCUUCCCAUGGCUAAGAUUCCUGGAGCUGCGGGGCUGCGGAUUCACGGCUGAUUUCCAGCUUGAUUGGAUUAUCAGGCAUGGACGAACACUGCGCUCCUUGAAAUUGGAUGACUGUGCGAUCGUGAACCGCCUGAUGUUGUGGCGCUUUCAGCUUCCGAUGCGGCUGCAAGCUGCCGACCCACAUUCUUCUCUGCGUGUGGUUCAAAACGAAUCUGGACGAAGAAUUCGGUUAUACAACACUCGAUGGGCCCAGUAUUUCGACGCGAUGAAACAGAACAUGUCGCAGCUGAGGCACUUCGAAUUUGGAAGUAGCCGGAUCCGCGAGCCGGGGGAGGAAGGGCCCCCUUUCGAGUCAGAACGGUCCAAGGGACCCCCAUUCGACAAAGCGCCGCAGUUUAUGUUUGGCCUCUUCCAAGAUCGGUAUUUGCAAGCGGAUGAAGAAACGGAAUGUCGCUGCUGUUCCUGGGUCUUUCGCACUGUUGUGCAGCAUGGUCCAAAGCGACAGCGACGUCUUGUUGAUGACCCGGAUCGUGCUGCGCUCCGUGCCCUGCUCCAGAAGAUUGGACAAUCUGUACCCGAGGAUGCCCAAUCGGACCAUGCCGGAUAUGUCAGGGGACUCAUGGGACUCGUGAAAGCAAAGGAAUCCGGCUCGUAA